CAUAGCUCUAACGGUCGAACCAUGGCCUCACAGCUGCUUCCCGCGACUCCAGGAACUCAUUAUCCACUUCCUCUUUCAUCAAAUCUCCAUGGAGUUCGUUUAGCCAAGCUCUCUUUCUCUCAUCCACUUUAUUUCUCAUCAAAUCUCCAUGGAAUUUCCACUCCAAGACUCCAAUUCAUCCUCUCUAGUUUCAGAGCUUCAAUGCCCGUAAUUCGUCAUAACCUGGAAGGAGAGAGGAAUGGCAUGAAGUUUGAGAUUAGGUGCCAGAGAACUCAGGGAGAAGUUUCUGACAUAGAAGAUGUUUCUUCUAAUGGGGAAUCGAGUUGGGGGAAGGUUUCGGCUGUUCUAUUUGACAUGGAUGGAGUCCUUUGCAACAGUGAGGAGCUUUCAAGGCAAGCAGCUGUGGAUGUUUUUGCAGAGAUGGGUGUGGAAGUCACGGUUAAUGACUUUGUGCCAUUCAUGGGAACGGGCGAAGCCAAUUUUCUUGGUGGCGUGGCUUCUGUGAAAGGAAUUGAAGGCUUUAAUCCUGAGGCUGCAAAGAGGCGGUUCUUUGAUAUCUACCUUGACAAGUAUGCAAAGCCAGAUUCUGGAAUUGGAUUUCCAGGUGCAUUGGAGCUUGUCAUGCAGUGUAAGAAGGAAGGUCUCAAAGUUGCUGUGGCAUCAAGUGCGGACCGGAUCAAGGUUGAUGCAAAUUUAGCCGCUGCGGGUUUGCCAUCCUCAAUGUUUGAUGCGAUUGUCUCAGCAGAUUCGUUUGAAAAUUUGAAACCAGCUCCGGAUAUUUUUUUGGCAGCAUCGAAUAAUUUGAAUGUUUCCCCUACUGAGUGUGUUGUCAUUGAAGAUGCACUUGCUGGAGUUCAAGCUGCUAAAGCUGCACAAAUGAGAUGCAUUGCCGUGACAACCACACUAUCAGAGGAUACUCUUCUGCAGGCUGGCCCUUCACUAAUAAGAAAAGUGAUUGGAGACAUUCUCCUUCAGGACAUUCUUGGUGGUGGUGGCGGUGGUGAUGAUCGGUCUAGUCUGCAUGAUCAGAAGAUGCUGGGGUUUCCAAAUACAGAUAGUAUUGAGGGGAGUACUGGAUUGAUCCAAAAUAUGCAAUCAGCUGGUUACAAUGAUCGUUUUGGUGCAAGGUUGCAGGGUUCCCGGCGUGAUCUAUUGAGAUUUGGCAGUUUGGGCAUCAGUAUCUCUUGUUUCCUUUUCGUCAUCACAAAUUGGAAGGCAAUGCAAUAUGCAUCUCCGAAGGCCAUCAUGAAUUUAUUAUUUGGUGUCAACCGUCCAACCCUUGAGCAAAAUAAUGGAGAAUCCUCGGCUAUAAGAGUUCAACAAUUUGUGAACUACAUAUCUGAUGUAGAGGCCAGUGGCAGUGCACCUAUGGUUCCGGAGUUCCCAUCAAAACUUGAUUGGCUGAAUUCCGCCCCGCUUAUAUUCCAAAGGGACUUGAAAGGAAAAGUGGUUGUACUAGAUUUUUGGACAUAUUGCUGUAUAAAUUGUAUGCAUGUGUUGCCAGACCUGGACUUUUUGGAGAGGAAGUAUGCAGGGAAGCCGUUUACGAUUGUUGGAGUGCAUUCUGCAAAGUUUGAGAAUGAGAAAGACCUGGAAGCCAUUCAAAACGCAGUUCUUCGAUAUGAGAUCAAACACCCUGUUGUCAAUGAUGGGGACAUGUAUCUGUGGAGACAGUUGGGUGUAGAUUCGUGGCCUACAUUUGCCCUCAUUGGGCCAAAUGGUAAGCUAUUGGUCCAGAUUUCAGGCGAGGGUCAUCGAAAGGAUCUUGAUGAUUUAGUAGAGGCGGCACUUCAGUUUUAUGGUGAACGGAAGAUGUUAGAUAGCCAUCCUAUUCCAUUGGCUUUGGAGAAGGACAAAGCUGCUAGUCUAUUGAAUUCUCCCUUGAAAUUUCCAGGAAAACUAGCAACUGAUAUUUUGAACAACCGACUGUUUAUUUCAGACAGUAACCAUAAUCGGAUAGUGGUAACUGACCUUGAAGGAAAUUUCUUUCUCCAAGUAGGAGGCACUGGAGAAGAGGGUCUACAUGAUGGUGAUUUUGAGAAUGCGACGUUUAAUCACCCACAAGGUCUGGCAUACAACCCAAAGAAAAACCUUCUAUAUGUUGCAGACACUGAAAAUCAUGCCUUGAGGGAAAUAGACUUUGUUAAUGAGAAGGUGCGCACACUUGCUGGAAAUGGGACCAAAGGUUCAGACUAUAAAGGAGGCAAAAAAGGAUCCAAUCAGGUUCUCAACUCUCCAUGGGAUAUAUGUUUUGAGCCCAUCAAUGAGAUUGUCUACAUUGCAAUGGCUGGGCAGCAUCAAAUUUGGGAGCACAAUACAGCAGAUGGAGUUACUAAAGCUUUUAGUGGUGAUGGUCGGGAGCGAAACUUAAAUGGAUCAAGUUCUACAAGCACUUCAUUUGCCCAACCAUCUGGAAUAUCUUUAUCCCCUGACUUAAAGGAGAUUUAUGUAGCUGAUAGCGAGAGUAGUUCCAUCAGAGCAUUAGAUCUGACCACUGGAGGAUCGAGAUUGCUGGUCGGCGGCGACCCAUUCUUCCCUGAUAACUUGUUUAAGUUCGGGGACCACGAUGGAGUUGGCUCAGAGGCACUUUUACAGCAUCCUUUGGGCAUCUUCUGUGGGGAGGAUGGUGUAAUUUAUGUUGCAGAUUCAUAUAACCAUAAGAUAAAAAACCUGGAGCCAGUUUCAAAAAGAGCAACCACAAUAGCUGGGACUGGGAUUGCAGGUUUCGAGAAUGGAUCUGCUCUACAUGCCCAGCUUUCAGAACCCUCAGGAAUUGUUGGAGGAGGAAAAGGGAGGCUUUUCGUUGCGGAUACAAACAACAAUGCGAUCAGAUGUAUAGAUUUGAAGGAUAAUGGGGCUACCAUCAGCACAUUGGAACUGAAAGGAGUCCAAUCUCCAUCACCAAAAUCCAAUGCCUUGAAACGCCUCAGGAGAAGACAAUCAACCAAUGCACAGAUCAUAACAGUUGAGAGAAUCUCUUCCAUGGAAGGAAACUUGAGUUUAAAGAUCUCGGUUCCUGAGGAUUUCCAUUUCUCCAAGGAAGCUCGCAGUAAAUUCGAGGCAGAUGUUGAACCUGAAGGCGCAGUUUAUGUGGAACCAUUGGAUGGAAUUCUAGGCCCAGAUGGAUCUUCAUCACUGCACUUCAAGAGAACAUCUCGUUUGCCUGCAAAAGUGACAGUGAAUUGUAAGGUUUACUACUGUAAGGAAGAUGAAGUUUGUCUAUACAAGCCUUUGGCUUUUGAAGUACCUUUUGGAGAAGAAAUAUCAGAAUCCUUGAUUGCAGAGGUCUCACUUCCCUUCAUGGUGAAGCCUAGAUCCAUUAGAAACAACUUGGAGUCUGCAAUUGACAAAUAGGCCUCAUUAUUAUCAAAUCUUGUAUAUUCGUAUUUUAUUUAUUGCUGUGGUUAUACUGAGUUAUACUUCUUGAUUCAUAUGCAAGUUAGAAUAUUUUUUCUGGAAAAUUUUGAAUGGUCCGGCCAAAUUAAAUAAGGUUUUCCUUAUUGUGGCUUAAUGUAGAAACAAAUUUGUAAUAAUUAUUCAGCUCUGUUACUUUAACA